AUCAAUCACUGACCACACAACAUUGAUCAUAUCAAUCCUCAUAAACCAUCCAACCCCACUCCCUCAAACAAAAAUGGAAAAGAAUAAACUUAUCAAGUUAUAAGGAUUACAUUUGCAGAUUGCUUUUAUGAAAAGUUAAAAAUAAAAAUGGAAUUUCAGAGCUCAAAGGUAAUUGCUCUGUUCAUAAUUUUCAACAUACUGUUCCUCAGUUGUGCUUCAUCUCACAGUAUCCCAGCAUGGCCAACAGUCUCUCCACCUUCAAGCCUAAAACCAAAGUGUCCCAAAGAUACCCUUAAAUUUGGGGUAUGUGGUAGCUGGUUUGGUUUGGUUACUGAAGUAAUUGGAACAAAGCCGAGUCCAGAAUGUUGUACCCUGAUUAAGGGCAUUGCUGAUCUGGAGGCUGCAGUGUGCCUGUGCACAGCACUUAAGGCUAAUGUGUUGGGUGUCGUCAAGCUUAAGGUGCCUAUUGCUCUCAAUCUCCUGCUCAAUAUUUGUGGAAACAAGGUUCCAGAAGGUUUCAACUGUUAAAUUUUGGACAUCAUCAACUCUAUUUCUUCUUCUUAGCGUGUUUUUUCUUUUACUUUAAAAGUCUUUCAGUUUCAGUUUAGAAUCAUAAUGUUUCAAUCUCCGCUGUAUAAUGAAUAAGAUCUAAAAAGUUUGUUCGUCCAUCUUUCUUUUAGGUAAUCAAGGCCUACUUGGUCCAUUUUCUUGGCUA